CUUCACUCUUCACUCUCCUUCCCUCGAGAGCUGCAAGCAUUUCUCCUCUGCUCCGCCUAACAGUACUCUUUCUUCUUCCUACACCACUAUCCGUACCCUUCCGCACUCUGCCCCCCCCGCAACCAUGACAGCCCUCCAGUGCCGCUGCUAAAGUCCUUUCCUCCUCCCUCCACUCGCCUGUCCUUUCCUGCCUCUGCCCAUACCAAAAAUCGCAAACAGCACAGAAAUGGACUCACGCGCUCCCCACCCCUACCCCCGGGCCCCUUCCGAACGCACUCUGAUACACAACCCGAACCAUCCUCCUCAGCAGCAGUCGUUGCAGUCGUCGCAGUCGUCGCAGGCACCUCCUCCCCCUCCGCCGCCGCCAUCCUUCGCCGGAUACCCUCCUGCGUCCCAGCCGCAGCCGACUGUGCACGCUGCCUUCACCGCCGAUCCCUAUCCCUCGCCGCGACGCGACCCUUUCCUACCCGGAACAGCCCACCAUGCCCGCAGAAGCAGCUACGGGAUCAACGUGGGAGAAGGGCCACAUCAACACCCCGACGACAGACGCCCUGGUUGGGGAAAUACAGCAGCAACAGUCCAGGGAGCUCAAGCUUCCCACCCUCCUCACCACCAUGCUCCCCAUCCUCCUCCCCCCGGUCACCAACCCGGCCCUCCACCUCCUCCAUCCAUGAGCAACGCGCAAAACGUCCCUAGACAGCCGCUCUACGGCUACGACCCUCAUCGUAAACAGUCCGCCGGCGCUGCUGCGAGCCCACCGAGCUCCUUCCGAGGGGAGCUCCCCACGUCACGAGGCUCGCUGCCCUCUCAACGGACCGCCAAAGAUCCGCCGUCGCACGAUCAUCCUCCGCCGCCUCCUCCGCCUCCUCCAUUCUCUCGAUCACACAUGCCGCCGCCGCCAGCUUCGCCGCAGCAGCAACAGAGUCAUGCUCCCCAGGGGCUGCGCACGCCUCUCGCCUUAAAUAAUCUUGGAGGACCGCGAGAUCCGCCCGGGCUAGGUCCAGGACAUCGGCCAGGAAGCAGCAUGUCCAUCUCAUCCAUUAUCGGCAUUGGUGACACCGGUGCACCCCCUCAUAACACACAGUCACAUUCGUCACCUCCUGGUGGCCCCACCAAUCCACCCUCAUCAUCCCAUCCCAGUGGUAUGCAGCCACCAUCACCUAGACGAGGCCUUCCGUCUGUAUCCCGAGCAGACUUGCCGCCUUUCCGGCGACAACCUUCUCCCGAUCGACACAUGUACUCCAACCCUGCUUCACGACCAUCCGAGGGGUAUGGUUAUCCUGCUGGCUCGCCCCCGCGGCCGCACAACACCCUUGGCUCUCCUGACCAAGGUCGCCCCGCAUCGCAUCAGACGCCACAACCGUACAAGCCCAUGGUCUUUCAGGAGGCGCGCCCUUACGGUUCUUCGCCAAAUGAGGCACAUACAAGGGGUCGUCGGGAAUCACCCGCUGGAGCUCCCCCUCGACCCAGUAGCCAGCCACAAGAACCUGCAGGCCAUGUCGCCCAAGGUUCGAGGUCACUUUAUGGCGCCUUUGGCAGCGGCGGCGGCAGCCGCAACGCCUACGGCCCCUUCGAAGAGCGUCGACGCACGCUCGGUGAAGCUCAACACAGCAGGCCGAACGUGGCGGAGAUACUAGGUCCCUCGCAGCAAGCUUCUGGCGACCGUGACCGUGCGGUGACAGUACAGCCCUUGUCGCAUGCCGUCUUCAGCCCGCCUCGUGAUUCCCGUACCGCCUCCGCGUCGACUCAAUCUCCGCGGAGCCAUUGGCGCCAUUCCGCACCGGAGGCUACCGCGCCCGAAAUGACUGAGACGCGGCGGGAAGAGCCGUCUCCGUUGUAUCGAGGCUAUGGAGGUUACUCUGGACCGUCACAAGGGUCCCAUCCAUACGGCCACCAUGCUGCCGAGGAAAUGGUUCGCGGUCGGAGUCUGGACCAUCUGAAUCAUCGUGUCGUGGAGCAAUAUCAUGCUCCUCCUACAUCGGACCCGCACGCUAAUGAGCGCCAGAAGUCCGAACAGCUCACGCGUUCUCUGUCUUCCGGGGGAAUCGCCUACCCAGGGCGAACUCCCUACGAGCAGGGCAGAAGGAUUGGAGAUGAGGUGCAAAACAGACAUAUCUUGGCUCUCGGGCCUGAAGCAAACCGUAGGACCGGUCGUGCAUCUCCGCUACCGCAGGCUGUUCAAGGGGCGCAGGCGCAGCCUGUUUCCAUCGGCAAGGAUCCUGGUAUUAAAAGCGAAUUUGGCCGCAUGUUUUCCGGUUUGGGCAGUGGACUCGGCAGCUCCACGCCGUCCAGGCAGAGCCCCAUGCCCCACGGCCCUCACGGCGGACCGGAAAACAUGCCCUCUACUUUGGACUUUGACCUGCGACUUCAGAGAGUCAAUUCGCAAAAUGGCAGGAAACCCAAGAGGGUCAAGGAUGAAGAAGGCGGAAUGGAUACUGAAGGCGCGGAGGGAAGGGGGACCCCUUCAGGGCGCGGGUCCAAACGCAACAAGAGCAGCCACGCGGGACAUCAUCACCACCAUCAUGUCUAUGUACAUCACCAUCAUCACGUCCCUCAUCGAGCGGAAGAGGAGGGUCCGCUGCACGUGGCACCAAAGAGUACUACGCCUUUGAAUGGCGCGAGGUAUCCGAAUCUCCCUCUGAAUGGAGCCCCUUCACAUCACCAUCACCACCAUCACGCCGCACCGCACCACCAUCACCACGCACCGCGAGCUAGCCAGCCGGUGCAGCUUCCGUCGCCCAAGCUCGCCGCGAAAGUGCAUGAUAUCAAACCCGUCUUGGAUGAAGCGGCACGGUACCCACGCCACCACCUAGGAUCCUACCUCUACGAGGCUGUGCCUGUUCUUCCCAAGCCCAAUUCGGCAGUGGAUGAAGUAUUCCACUUUGCGUCCAAGCCCAAACCAUUGCCAGCCUUCAACCGGAACCCGAUCAACUGCAUCGUCACGUGCCGAAUUCCACGGUACUAUCUGAAGUCUCGCCAGAGGCAGCAGAUUGUCCUGCAACGGCAUCUCUGGGGGGCCGGAGUCUACCGCGAUGACUCGGAUCCGCUUGCGGUUGCGAUACACUCUGGGUGGAUCCGGGGGGAGUGGGAUGAAAGCGUCGACGUGAAGCUGCUGGACCCUCGAAUUACAGCACCGAAUGACCCGGCGGACGUCGAGGAUCAGCUUAUGAAGAAGCCGGCGGCUCCUGUGACGCCGCCAGUUGACAUGGAACUUUAUAUCGAUCUCCUGAUUUUGCCUCGUCUAGAACAGUAUGAGAAGAGCGUCGAGUAUGGGAUCAGUAGCAGGAAGAGCACGACGCACGACGGGCUCAGCUUCAUGAUCCAUUCCAUCCGAUGGGUGGACGAAGGCUUGGGGACUCGGGGACAGGAACGCACUGCUGAGGCGCUGAAGAAGCGGCUGGAGGCCAGUCGAGCACUCUUGAGUCUGACCAGGGGAGGGGAUGUACGAAGAGCGAACGAAACGACAGCGUUGCAUGCUUGAUUGAGUUGAGAAGGCAUUUAUUUCAGACGAUGUCACAGGUAUCUGGGCGGCUCAUGGUUGUGUGGUUAGCAGCGGAUUUCGGUUCUGGUGGGGUUAGCAUGUUUGUUUUUUAUAUACCCAUAGUCGACGCAGUUUUAGAUGUGAAGGCGCUGGCAAUGUCAUUAACAAAAUAUCCCCGAAUCGUAUAGUAUUUGGUAAAUAAGGCAGGAGCACGGAACCGAGUAAUGGAUCAUCUAUCGCCAAAGCAAU